AUAAAUUUUCAAUAAAUACCGGGGUCACAGAGGGUUAAAUGUGAGUGUGGUGGAUUACGUUAAUAUAACGUGUAAUGUCCAUGAAGAAGGAAGGGAGGGAUAUUAUCAGCACAUCUGAAUCAAAUCAAGUUUUUAAUUAUUACAAUUUUUGGACUAACUACAUAGAGUAUCUACGUAGGCAUGUUGGUCUGCUAUAUUGUAGAUCGAUACAUUUAUUAACUUAUAAUUUCCAAAAAUCACAGAUCUGUCGCUUUGGCUUCUAAUUGCGCGCCAAGAACUUCCGGGAACUAUCUGAAGUCUACGUGAGUCACGUGACGUGCAAGCAUUUUGGACUUCCGUUGUCGCUACUCUCUCUCAACGGUUCUGGACUAGCCUUGGAAAAGCCCGGAAGUGUGCGAGCGCGCUAGAGAGUACGGUGGCCGUGAAUGCGGCAGCAGGACAAUAAUGCACGAAGAUAACGCGUGCAGUGGAUGUUAGGGCGGAAAACAAGAUGCCGAACAAGUUUACCGAGGGCCAAGAAGCCACGUGUUGACAUCACAUAAACUGUCCUGCCUUCAAGUGUCUGCGAGAAGUAGUUUCUCCUAACAACAACCAACCACUGAGGCUGCUGGAGGUGAAUCCCACUAUUGACUGUGUGAUUUUAUACAAUGUCUACCGCCACCAAUACAUUUGAGAAGGUAAAAGCAGUUAUCUUAUCCGCUCAUAAGAGCUCUAGUUUGGGAGAAAAGGUCAACUUCUACAACUCCUGGGCAGAAAACUAUGAUCAGGAUGUGGCUGUUCUCGAAUACCGUGCACCAAGCCUGGCAGCAAACAGCAUCUCCUCCCAUUUCAGUGGAGACCGGGAAGCAGCGGUCAUGUUGGAUGUGGCUUGUGGUACGGGACUAGUGGCCAAACAGAUGAAGACACAUGGAUUUGGACACUUUGUGGGUGUUGAUGGAAGCGAGGCGAUGCUUGAGAUAGCCAGAGAGAGCGGGUUGUACCAGGACCUGAAGCAAGCAUUGCUGGGAGAGGAUCCACUGCCAGUCCAGUGGGUGGAUUCGUUUGAUGUGGUUGUGAUCAUUGGAGCUCUGAGUGAAGGUCAGGUCCAGGUGUGUGUGGUCAGAGAAUUGUGCAAAUCCACUAAACCCGGUGGCUAUGUUUGCAUGACAACCAGAGCUAACCAAGAAAAUCUGGAAUACAAAGGCGCCCUUGAGCUCGAGCUGAAGCAGAUGGAGGAAGAUGGACUCUGGAGUUGUGUGGAGGUCACCAACGUGCAGGACUGGGAGAGGGCGGUGUCAGAGAAGGGAGACGGCUACAUCCCCGGUGCUGUGUACCUCUAUAAGAAACUACCACAUGUAGCACAGUGACCAACAAUGUAGAUAUGACCUCACACCAGCCAAGAACUAAAAAAAAGAUUUUCAAAUAACAUAAGUUUCAUGAUUUCCUGACAUUGUCAGUGUCUUAAUAACCCAAAGCUGAAGAUGUGAAACUGCUCUCACGGAUAAUGUGAAUUUAAUAUUCAAUUUUCUUGAAAAGAAAUUGAUUGAAAUAAUAUAUUUUUUGAUCAAGAUUCUCCAUGAUAAAGUAUACUGCUGCAUCACUUUCACACCACACAACUUUUUUCUGUUGCCGGUCGGGUUCAGAAUCGUACCGAGCAAUGUGAUUCAGAAACGACCGCCAUAUAUUAGGGAAAUUCAUUAUGAUUGUCCAUCAUGUGUAAUAAACCAGUCAGAUCAGUUAACCAGGUCUUAAACGGAGGCACAGUAUCUGACCUCCAGAGCCUCAAAGUUACUUUCAUUGUGAUUAAAUUACUGGGGUUUAGUAGGCAAACAAAAUGGAUCAGGUUCAAACAUACAGCCAGAGAACCAAGCAAAUGUGUUGCACCAGAAGUGAGCCUUCUGCACAUCAGUUUCAUCCAUCCAUCCAUUAUCUAUACCACUUUAUCCUUUGAGUUUUCGCGGGUGCUCGAGCCAAUCCUGGCUGAGACAAACAGCCAUUCACACUCACAUUCACACCGACGGUCAAUUUAGAAUCUCUAUUUAACCUAACCCCAAACUGCCAAAGUUUGGGGUUGCAAAUGUCUUUGGAACCUGGAGAGAACCCAUGCAGACACGGGGUGAACAUGCAAACGACAGGCGACAGUGCCGACCACUACGGCACCGUGCAGCCCUAUGUUUCAGUUUCAUGUUUUACACUAUCCAUGUCACAUGCACAAGCAAAAAUUGGUAUUUUAAAAAAUGUGCUUGUACUGAAUCACUUGAGAUUACAACACAAACCUGCAAUUAAAUCUUCCUAAUAGAAACUGA